AUGGAUGACUCUAUCCGACACGUCGAGAAACCCGGCCUCGAAGAGGUUGAAAAAACCGACGAGAUGGAAAAGGGUGAGGCUCAGUUCACGGAGAAGGAUGAGAAAAAACUUGUUCGCAAGCUCGAUUUCUGGAUCGUCCCCCUUAUGAUGUUCACGUAUAUGCUGCAGAGCUACGACAAAGGAAUUAUGAGUGCUGCGACACAAUUCGGUUUCAACGACGACUUGGGUUUGACUACAGUGAUUGGGUACGAAGCGGACGGGACGGCUAUCACUAAUAAUCAACGCUAUUCGAAUGCCUCCAUGAUUUUCUACAUUGGCUACUUGGUGGGCACAUAUCCGAUGAUGUUCCUGACACAAUACUUCCCCCUAUCCCGAGUUAUCGCGAUUUCCACGUUCCUCUGGGGUAUAGUGGUAAUGUCAACUGCUGGCUGCACCAAUUACGCUGGCAUCAUGGUGGUUCGCUUAGUGCUCGGCAUGCUCGAAUCCGCCGUUGCGCCCACCUUCACCGUGCUAGUCACAUUCUGGUGGACCCGUGACGAGCAGGCAUUGCGUACUGGGCUAUGGUACUGCUGCGUUGGAGUGGCUACCGCUAUAUCACCUUUGAUCAACUAUGGACUUGGCCAGAUCCAUAGCUCUCUCGCCACAUGGGAACCUAUGUUCCUGGUUCUCGGCGCCAUAACCACUACUUGGGGAGUCGUGUUAUUUUUCACUCUUCCAGAUAGCCCCCACACGACCAAAGGAUUGAACGAUUUCGAACGCCGCAUCGCGCUUACUCGCCUUGAAAGAAACCAGGCCGGUACUAUUACCCGUGAUUUUGACAAGGGACAAUUCCUUGAAACAUUCAGGGACCCCAAGAUGUACAGUUGUACACUGAUAAUUCUCUUGACGGGCGUUCCCUCAGGAGCGAUCGGUACAUUUGGAACAAUUGUUAUCAAUGGUUUUGGAUACACCCACUUUGAAUCUUUGGCAUUAACAUGUCCCAUCGGUGCCCUUACAGCACUAUCUAUUUUGAUUGUUGGCUAUGUCACGCGAAAGUGUCCUGGCACUCGUUAUCUCUGCAUUAUCAUAUGUGCCCUUAUUUCAAUUGCUGGAACACUGAUCUGCUGGUUUGGACCUCGAAACAACAAAGGCCUGUUAUUUGCAGGAAUCUUCCUUAUUGCCGUGCAGGUUGCUGCUGGUGGAUUGGCCGUUUCUCUGGCCGCCUCUAAUAUUGCUGGCCAUACUAAAAAAGCUGCCACCAGCGCUUCCACGUUUGCCGGCUACUGCGUCAGCAAUAUCAUCGGCCCACUCAUUUUUGGGGCUUCUCCAGGACCUCUGUAUCGCUCUGGGUUCAUCGGUAGCUUUGUUUGCCUAUGUGCUGUGGUGGUAAUUGCGUCUUUGUCUUGGAUUUACUUGCGUAUAGAAAAUUCGAAGAGGGAUAAGAGAUGCAGACCAGGUUCUGAUUAUAAUCAUAUGCAUUCGAUUGAGGAGAACUUGACUGAUAUGCAGAACGAGGAGUUCCGAUAUGUGCUAUGA